AUGAUGAAGACAAGUGCUACAGGUAUUCCAUUGCGAAUUCUGACACACAACAUUCGAUACGCAACAUCUCAUCCGUUCAAGGGCGAGCGACCCUGGGAGGAGCGGGCACCAUAUCUACUCAAUGAACUUCUCUAUAACACACGCAACCAGGAUUCGUUCAUAUGCCUGCAAGAAGUCCUCAAUAAUCAGUUGAUCGAUGUGCUGUCCGGUUUGAAUUCGGGCACGCCAGAGGAUGAAAACAACACAUCCAGCCCAAGCUGGGCCUACAUUGGAGUUGGCCGCGAUGAUGGCUACAAAGCCGGUGAAUAUUCGCCCAUAAUUUACCGUCCCUCGGUCUGGGAACUUCGGCAUUGGGAAACCGUUUGGCUUUCGGAGACGCCAGAGGUUCCCUCCAAGAGUUGGGACGCUGCAUCGAUUCGCAUAGUGACGAUUGGCGUCUUCACCCACCAUGUUAGUCGUCAGACAGUCCUGGCGAUGAGCACACACUUGGACGACCAAGGGUCCCGCUCCCGGUUCGAAGCGGCCCACAUCAUUCUGCGCAAGAUCGAGGAAUAUCGGAAUGGGCGGUACGGUAAUAUGAUAUCCGGCAUAUUCCUGGCGGGCGAUUUGAACAGUCAAGAGAAUCAAGAAGCGUACUCGGUGUUGACAGCUCCAGAGUCGUCGCUGGCUGAUUCUAUCAACUUCGUGAAACCAGCUGCCCGCUACGGCUACCACACGACCUGGUCAGGCUUCGGAUAUGAAGGAUUGGUGCCUGGACGCAUCGAUUAUGUCCUUUUGGGGCCGGCUAAUAGGGCUGAAAGUCGUGAUCUGCCUUGGAAAAUCGAGGGCUAUGCCGUCUUGGAAAACGUAUUCGAGGAUGGGGUCUACAACUCGGACCAUCGCGCGGUAGUGGUCGAUGCGCUCCUGCGCGGCUGA